AUGAGUGGCUCGAAGAUUCGCGUCGCCAUCCUCGACGACUACCAAGGCAUCGCCCCCGAGAAAUUUUCCCGCCUUACAUCUCGGAUAGACGUGGCUAACUUCCCCGACACGCUCGCACCGGACUCGGAAGAGAGCCUCAUCCAGCGCCUCCAGCCGUACCAUGUGAUUUCCACAAUGCGAGAGCGCACCGCUCUUCCCGGAAACGUAAUACGGUCGCUCCCCAACCUGAAGCUCAUCCUUACCACCGGCAUGAAGAACGCAGCCAUUGACAUAUCUGCCUGCACCGAUCGCGGCAUCAUCGUUGCUGGCGCCAAGGGCAUCGGCAUCGACCAAGGAGCCAAACCGCCUACCUCGCUAGACUCAACCUUGGAGCAUACUUGGUCCUUGAUCCUAGGCAUCGUCCGCAACAUCGCCCGUGAUGAUGCAAGGGUCAAGACGCAACAAGCGUGGCAAACCUCCGCAGCCACUGGCCUGUCCGGGAAAACGUUGGGACUGCUGGGGCUUGGCAAGUUAGGAGCCGACACUGCCCGCGUCGGCGUUCUGGCCUUCGGGAUGAAGAUUGUCGCCUGGUCAAGCAACCUCACCCAAGAAGCCGCCGAUGAAAAGGCUCGCGCCUUCGGUUUCCCCGAAGGGACCUUCCGAGUGGCGGCAAGCAAAGAGGAGCUGCUACAGGCCUCCGACGUGGUUAGCAUUCAUUAUGUCCUCUCGGAACGGACCAGGAACAUUUUGGCGGCGAGGGAGCUGGCCCUGAUGAAGCCUUCGGCCUUUCUGAUCAACACGUCACGCGGCCCGUUGGUCGAUGAGGAGGCACUUCUCGAUGCGCUUAAGCAGGGCAAGAUUAGAGGCGCGGCACUUGAUGUGUACAACGUCGAGCCUCUUCCUUCUGACAGCGAGUGGAGGACAACCCCCUGGGGUAAGGAUGGGAGGAGCGAGGUUCUGUUGAGCCCCCAUAUGGGCUAUGUCGAGGAUGGGGUCAUGCAGAGGUGGUAUGAGGACACAGUUGCAAAUUUGGAGAAAUGGCUGGAUGGGCAGGAGCUCCAGACCAAGUUGACGUAGUCUUGUUUAGCGACCUCGCCCAACGUCCUCGCUGCUCAAGUUUCUUG